AUGUCAACAAAUGUGGAAUUACUUGGAGAGAUAGUAGGACAAGUAUCAAAUGCAUUAAAACUAGAGAAUAGAAAUGUAAAGUUGGGAAACAUCAUUCUCAAUACUGCCCUUUCUUCAAAGAGUCUUGAUCAAUUUAAAGAUCAAUGUAAAGAAUAUGGAAUAACAGAUAAUACUAUUAUUAAUGAUAUUUAUAAUAAAGUAUCAAUUGAAAAGAAAAAGAAAAUGAAACAACAAGUUGAUGAACAAGAAGAAGAUGAUGAAGAAUCAUUCCGUAAACCAUUAACAUUUGUUGUAAAGUCAAAUGAACAUAAAUCAAUGGAACCAAUACCAAACAAUCAAAAAGGAGGAUUGGUUUUAAAGAGAAAGGAUGCACCUCAACAUACGUUCACAACACCUCAAGGUUCUGUAUUGGGUCUAGAUAAAUUGGAAAGAGAAAGAGAGGAAAAGAUUAAAAAGCAAAAGUUACAAGAACAAGAACAAGAAGAAGCUGAUAGAGGAAAACAAAAGCAAUAUAGAGAAAUGAAAAUGCAAACUCCAAGUCAUUCUGGUGGUGUUGAUACUGAAACAUUGGAUAGAAUUCAAGAAAGAAAUAGAGAUCGUGAAAGAAAAUAUCGUGAUGGUGGAAUAUCAAUUCAAAAUAGAGAUAAUAGAGAUAAUAGAGAUAGAUCAUAUGAUGAUAGAGAUAGAGAUAGAGAUAGAGAUAGAUCAUAUGAUAGAGAUAGACGUUAUGAUGACAAUAGAGAUAGAGAUAGAUAUGAAAGAAGAGAUGGAUAUUCUUCUUCCUCUUCAACUCCGUCAAGAAGAAAUGAUCAUCAUCCAUCAUCAACAACCCCUUCAAGAAGAUAUGAUGAUAGAGAUAGAGAUAGAGAUUAUAGACGUUAUGAUGACAAUAGAGAUAGAGAUAAUCGUGAUUAUAGACAAGGAAAUAAUAAUAAUAAUAACUAUUCUUCUUCUACUCCAUCAAGAUAUCAACAAAGAGAUACACCAUCAUCAUCAUCAUCAUAUAGAUCAAAUAGACCAAAUGAAACACCAAGACCAAAUCCAAAUAAUAAUAAUAAUAAUAAUAAUAAUAAUAAUAAUAAUAAUAAUUUUCAUAAAUAUAAUAAUAAUAGAUUUGAUAAAGAUAAUGGAAAAGAGGAUGAACCAAUUGAAAAUCAAGAAGAUUUUGAUAGAGAUUUUUAUGAUGCAGAUGAAGGUGAAGGACAAGUUCAUGAUCAACACCAAGAACCAUUCCUUGGAGACGAAGCAAAAUUCAAAAAGAUGGAAGAGGAAUUUAAAAAGAGACAAAAGAAAAAGAUGAGUGCCAAACAAAAUCAAAUCAAUGAAGAUAAUGCACGUUGGGAAGCCAAUAGAAUGAUGCAAAGUGGUAUCAUGACUCAGACAGAAUUGGAUCUAGACUUUCAAGACGAGGAUGAGGAUCGUAUCAAUUUGAUAGUGUCCAAUACUGUACCUCAAUUUUUGGAAAAUGAAAAAGAGUCAAUUGGUAAACAACAAAAACAAGUUCAAACGGUAAGAGAUGUCACUUCUGAUAUGGCUGUCAUCUCUAGAACUGGUAGUCAAAUGGUACGAGACUAUAGAGAGAAAAAGGACAGAGCCAAAGGACAAAAGAAGUUUUGGGAACUUGGUGGAUCGAGUAUGGGUAAUGCAAUGGGUAUAAAAGCAAAAGAAGAGGAAGGUGAUGAUGGAGAUAAAUUAACAACCAAUGCGGUAGAGGGUGGUCCAACUAGCUCACAAUACUCUAGUCAUUUAAAAAAGACAGACCCAAUUAGCGACUUUGCAAAGAGUAAAACAAUCAAACAACAAAGAGAGUUUUUGCCAAUAUUUGGGUGUAGAAAUGAUUUGAUGAAAAUCAUUGCUGAAAAUAAUGUCGUUGUCAUUGUUGGUGAAACUGGUUCUGGAAAGACAACACAGUUGGUUCAAUACUUGCACGAAGAUGGGUAUACAAAAUUUGGAACGAUUGGGUGUACUCAGCCACGUCGUGUUGCCGCCGUAUCGGUUGCUAAACGUGUUUCAGAGGAAAUGGGUGUUGGUCUUGGUCAAGAUGUUGGUUAUUCGAUUCGUUUUGAAGAUUGUACUUCAAAAGAAACAACCAUCAAGUACAUGACCGAUGGUAUCCUUCUCAGAGAGUCACUCAACGAUGACUAUCUAAACAAGUAUAGUGCUAUUAUCAUGGAUGAAGCACACGAACGUUCUCUAAACACUGAUGUGUUGUUUGGUAUUUUGAAAAAGGUGUUGCAAAGACGUCACGAUCUCAAGCUUAUUGUCACGUCUGCCACCAUGGACAGUACCAAGUUUUCAAUGUUUUUCGGUGGUGUACCAGUCUUUACGAUCCCUGGACGUACAUUCCCAGUAGAUGUAAUGUGGAGCAAGACACCAUGUGAAGAUUAUGUAGAGGCAGCAGUCAAACAGGCGCUCUCGAUUCACUUGACUCAUCCACCAGGUGAUAUUCUCAUUUUCAUGACUGGUCAAGAGGAUAUCGAAGCUACAUGUGCGACUAUAGACGAACGUAUGAAAGCACUUGGAAAGGACGCACCACCUCUCUUGCUAUUACCCAUCUACUCUCAACUGCCAUCUGAUUUACAGGCAAAGAUUUUCGAUCGUGCUCAAGAUGGUGCAAGAAAGUGUAUAGUUGCUACAAAUAUUGCAGAGACUUCUUUGACAGUCGAAGGUAUCAAAUAUGUUAUAGACAGUGGUUAUAGUAAAUUAAAGGUGUAUAAUCCUCGUGUUGGUAUGGAUGCACUACAGGUAACACCAAUAUCAAAGGCCAAUGCCAACCAACGAUCUGGUCGUGCUGGACGUACAGGUCCAGGACGUUGCUAUAGAAUGUAUACAGAGUCUGCAUUCAAGUAUGAAAUGCUCGAUAAUAAUAUACCAGAAAUUCAACGUACCAAUCUUGGUAAUGUAGUUCUCAAUCUCAAAGCAAUUGGUGUAAAGAAUAUUUUAGAGUUUGAUUUUAUGGAUCCUCCUCCAUUUGACACUUUACUCAAUGCCAUGUACCAACUUUGGGUACUUGGUGCACUUGGUGAUGAUGGUGGUAUUACUGAACUCGGCAAGACAAUGGUGGCAUUCCCUCUUGACCCGCCACUUGCCAAGAUGUUGGUCGUCGCCGUUGCACUAGGAUGUGCAAAAGAGGUUGCGACAGUUGUAGCCAUGUUAUCCAUCCCAUCGGUCUUUUUCCGUCCCAAAGGUGCUGAAGAAGAGAGUGACGCAUCGCGUGAAAAAUUCUUUAUCCCAGAGAGCGACCAUCUCACAUUACUCUUUAUCUACCAGCAAUGGGCGCAACACAACUACAGCGGUACAUGGUGCUCAUCACACUUUAUCCAUGCAAAGGCCAUGAGAAAGGUCAAAGAAGUGCGCGACCAAAUCCUAGAGAUUAUGGAACAACAGAAAAUGGACGUGUCUACGUGUGGCUCCAACUGGGAUGUUGUCAGAAAAUCCAUCUGUGCUGCCUAUUUCCAUCACUCGGCCAAGAUCAAGGGUAUUGGUGAAUACGUAAACAUGCGUAACGGUAUGCCCUGUUUUCUCCAUCCUACCAGUGCUCUCUACGGGCUUGGUUAUGCACCCGAUUAUAUCGUCUAUCACGAGCUCGUCAUGACAUCCAAAGAGUACAUGCAAGUCGUUACAGCAGUCGAUCCAAAAUGGCUUGCCGAACUAGGACCCAUGUUCUUUACAGUCAAAGAAACCUACAAACAAAGAAAUGACCGAAUCAAAAAAGAAAAAGAGUCUGCCUCUGUAAAAGGUGAAAAAGGUGAAUGGGAUGAUGAAGAAGAGGAUCAAGAAUUAUCCACCAAAGAGCUGUUGGAUCAAAUCACUGGAAGGAAAUCAUUAAAUCAGAAAAAGAGUACUGUCCUAUCGUCUUCUUCUUCUAGCUCUAGUAAAUCUUCCAAUAUUGCAACGCCAGGUUCAAAACAAACAACCCUUCCUGGUGGUGCAACUCCAAGAAAACCACCUCAAUCAAGGUUAGCAUCGUUGGUAUGCAAGUUGUGGAGACAGUAUGCAUUUCAUUGUAUACAUCGUAUCCAAAUAGUACCAGAACGACUACAACAUUUAUUGUGUCCAUACAAACCAAUGGUACUUGAUUUUGGACUAGAAUCCAUUUCAAACCUUCUCUCACAAUCUACAACAGUCCAAAUGCUCGAUCUUUCAAACAGCGAAAUUGACAAGUACCGUGCCAUGAUUAUAUCUCGAGGACUCAAAGAAAAUAAUAGUCUAAGAGUUUUAAUCUGUCAAAAUUGUUGUAUCAAUGAUGACGCUGCCAUUGAAAUUGCCGAAGGAUUGGCAUCUUCGUCUAUUUUAACUUUAGACUUUUCACACAACAAAAUUGGUCCAAUUGGAGGUUUGGAAAUAGCCAAAGUACUCGAAAAUAAUCGUAGUAUUACUAAUUUGGACUUAUCGUAUAAUGAAAUUGGUAAUAAAGGUGCAUUUGCAAUUGGUCAAGUGUUUGCAAAUAGUAGCACUAGUCGUGCCAACAGUCCACCCAACUCUAAUUGUUCAACUCCUUCAUUAUCUGGGUCAACUGGAUUAAGUACUCCAAUCAUCAUUAGUCAUAGCAGUAGUAAUAUCAGUAGUAGUAGUCCACCAUCACCACCAGUCAGCCACAACCAACAACCAAGAAAAAAGAAAACCAAAAGAGAAAUCAAACUCAAUCUCUCCAACAACCAUAUCGAUGGAGAAGGUGUACUUGCACUCAUCAAAUCACGUCAACACAUUGCCAAACGAAAAACAUCUUUUGUAUAUACAGAUAAAAUCAUUUCAAUGGAUGGUAGAUGGUCACUUUCAAAAGUUGGUUCUUAA